CUGACCAAAAAUGUUACGGGCUCCGAUAUCCAAGAUGGCGGAUUGCGAGAAACGCGUGGAUUUAUCCCGGGUCAGAAAUAAAGCUCUUCGCGGGGAGAUGUAUUGGAAGGAAAAGAUAAGAAAAGCCAAGGAAAAAAGGGAGCGUAGAAAGAAACGAAAGCGAGAAGAACAAGAACUUGGGGACGAGGCCCCCCCUAAGCAAGUCCCACGGACCAUAGAGAACACGCGAGUGCAAGAUGAGACGAUGGUUGACCCAUUGGACGAGGAGGUCCUCCAAGACGAGUCAACAGAUGAACUCAGUUAUUACUUCAAAAGAGAAGUUACACCCAAAGUACUGAUAACAUCAAGUGAUCGACCCAAACAUCCUACAGUACAGUUUAUGGAGGAACUGUGUAGAGUAAUACCAAACUCAGAAGUGAGACAGAGAAAAGGCAGAGACUUGAAAAAAAUAAUUCCCCAAGCUCAAGCCAAAGGCUAUACCGCAAUGAUUAUCAUCAAUGAAGAUCACAAGAAGCCUAACAGUAUUGUUGUCACUCAUAUACCUGAUGGCCCUACUGCGCACUUUAAACUAAGUAGUGUUCGCCUUCCAAAGGAAAUAAGAGGCCAUGGUAAGAUGACAAGCCAUAAGCCAGAACUUAUCCUAAACAACUUUAAUACUCGACUUGGACACUCAGUGGCCAGAGUACUUGCUGCGCUCUUCCCAUACGACCCACAGUUCAAAGGCAGACAGUGUGUUACCUUCCACAACCAAAGAGAUUUCGUCUUUUUCAGAAGACACAGAUAUAUUUUCAAGAAUGCGAAGAGAGUUGGUUUACAGGAGUUGGGGCCUAGAUUUACCCUCAAGCUCAGGUCCAUACAGCGCGGCACAUUUGACAGCAAGUUUGGGGAAUACGAGUGGAUACAUAAGCGGAAAGAGAUGGACACUAGCAGAAGGAAGUUCUUUUUAUAGAAAAUACCAAAUGGAACCAAAUAAAAUUUGCUUUGUUCAUACGAAA